CCCGAGCUUCCGCUGCGAUCUGCAGGACUGACACAUCAGCAGCUCCGAGGAGUGGCGGAACCGGUGCAAGCGCUGCUGUCGGUCAAAGUCCGGCUCGCCUUCGGCACAGCAUGCAGGGUGCGCCCUGAGCGACGAAACUCGAGAGCCGAGGAAGAGGCAAGUCUCGGAUCGGCAUAUUGCCAGUUAUCAGAGUCUACAGACGGAUAGUGAAAUGCAUUUCCCCAAGGCGAAGUGAUUUACAGACAACAUUACGGUGGAGAUGUGGGACGCGGCUUGUUGACUUUUAGUGGCACGGAGGGGCAGUGGCACUAGGCGAUUCGUUGUCCACUCCACGUCGAGCCGCGACUCAGUGUGCCUGAGGUGCAGUUUUCGGAGAUGGUUUAAAGGACACUCUCUGCGAGUGAGAGAAGGGAGGCACUGAGGGAGAUCAUGACUUCAGUGGAGUUGGUGUUUCUGGGUGAAGAACGGGCGCACUCUGGACAUUGGAAGGAACUAAGCUGGGGUAUCCAUGGCCCGGUCUCCAGUUCAGCACCUGGGACAGCGCCGAUCCAGAGUGCCAGCUUUAAAGCGGAGCGCCCGGACUCCAAGGUAUGCUGUCACCAGCAACUGGAAACUUCAUUCUCCUACGUUGAUGAAAAUGUCAAUCUCCAACGUGCGUGUUCCCCGCUGUCGGACGGAAGCUGUAGCCCUCCGUGUUACCAAGGCGCCUGUGGCGACGGCAGACCGGCACCCGAGGAGCUGCGAGAACUCUCGUCUCUCUCCGAGGACACCUCGCCCGAUCUCUCCGACUCCCCAGUGGACUAUGGCUUCAUCAGCGCCCUGCUCUUUCUCUGUAGUGGCAUCAGUCUGGUCAUCAUAUCCUACGUGAUCCCCCGGGAUGUGAGCGUGGAUCCGGACAGUGUUUCAGCCCGGGAAAUGGAGCGAUUGCAGCGGCAGAGUGCCCGCGUGGGAGCUCACCUAGACAGGUGUGUGAUCGCCGGCCUUGGACUCCUCACUCUCGGCGGGAUGCUGCUGUCCACCUUGCUGAUGAUAUCCAUCUGCAAAGGCGAGUUGUACCGGCGCCAGAGGUUCUCAUUGGCUGGGAGGUCGGGGAAGAUCUAUGGAUCCUUCAACUUCCGCCUGAGUUCCCCCAGCCAUCGAUUUUCACUGGGAGCAGAGGAGAUGAUUACUAACGACUAAUGGUAUGGUGCGGUGGGUCCUAAACUCGUUCUUUACACAAGGUACAACUUUAAAACAGUCGAAACAAAAACAAUCAAACAGCCCAGACCCCUUCUCUGCAAAGGACAGAGAACGUGCAAUUCCCAAGCACUCUCCACUUUGUCCCGUUGCCUGACGAGUAGAUAUAGCAAAUGCUCCUCGGUCACUUCAAGUCUGCCUAAGAAUCAGCAUGCUAGCAUUUGCGAACUUGGAAAGAAAUCACAAAUCCAGUAAUCCAUUUCUCCUCCCACAUGACAUGUUCUUGUUGGUUCACGACUUUCAUCUAUUUAUUAGAACACAAGAAAGGGUGGGGGUCAUUCAGUCCCCCAAAUUUGUGCCAUAAUCAGUGAUAUGCACCAGAUCUCCAGUUCCUGCCUUACGUUUGUUUCACAAACAUGUCACCUCGUUAAAUAAAAGCAAUCCAUCUCCAUAAACUACAACCAAGUUCUUCCCCAGAAAAUCUGCACCCUCCCGUUACUGCCCCAGAAUAGCCUGGCUCUAGUUUAGUACUACCCCGCCAGAAAAAAAAUAACGUUUCUGUUUUUACAAUAAGAGGGGUUAGAAUUUUAAACAACUUGUUGAGUUCACAAUCAGCCUUCCAAACUCACACAUGGCUGACUUCAAAUUCACUCCCGUUGUUUUGGUUGAAACAGUUCUCGUUCUCUCCC